AACCAGAUAACACCUAGAUAUGGCUGCCAGACUUGCCGCAGCAGUGCGUUGUCACUCCCGCUCCCUAUCCACCGCCUCCGAGUUUAUCCGGGGCCCAGUUCAGGUGUUCGGUAUCGAGGGUCGGUACGCGCACGCGCUUUACAGCGCUGCUACUAAAGCAGGCAGUGCUGACGCUAUCGAGAGCCAACUCAACUCUCUACAGGGAGCUAUUGACUCUGUUAGUGGAGUAAAGGAGUAUCUAACUCUCCCAGUAUGCAGCAAAGAAGAGAAGAAAUCUACUCUUGGAGGAGCGUUUGAUGAAGCAGGAAUAGAUCCCCUUAUCGGCAACAUGGUAUCAACAAUGAUAGAUAACAAGAGAUCCGCUAACAUUUCGGGUGUUGUCGGAGCAUUUAACACUAUCAUGGCAGCGCAACGUGGCGAGGUACCAUGCAAAGUGACAUCAGCAGCACCCUUGUCUGAUGAGCACCUUGAUUCACUGAAAGGUGCUCUGGGAAGCUUCUUGAAGCCUAACGAGAAACUUCUUCUCGAUACCGCUACUGACGCGUCUCUAAUUGGAGGAAUGGUAGUUGAAAUUGGAGACAAAAGGGUCGACAUGUCCACCGCCUCUAAGAUAAAGAAACUCAAAACCGCUCUUUCUCUCCCUCUUUAGUUUUUGUAACUUAUCGAACAAUUUUCAUAAGAAGAGACUGUUAAGUUAUUGAAGGAUGUGUAUAUAUGGAUGCUAUGUACUGAUGUAAUAAUGAUAAUUCGUACAUAAA